CCUCUCAAGUUAAGUCAAUAUUCUGUAUCACCAAGCGAGCUUUAUCAAGCAAUGUGUUACCUGCCUGUAUUUUACCUGUACGACCAAUCAACCUUGUGUUCUACCUGUGGUCAUAAGACAAAUAUUGGCGUGUGAACCGUAAUUGUUUCUUUAUAAUCAAACGGUUAUCGACUUUCUAGCUUGAUGGAUGUUGGACCAUUUAUAGGCCACUAAUUGUGACAGCGACACGUCCAUGUGAUUAUUGAGUGUAACGAACAACGAGGCAGAUUUAUAGUCUGUACCUGGGUAGUGGGAGAUAAUACACUCGGAAACACAGCAGGUUUUCAAUGGUUAUGUGAACAGUUUCCAUUAGGGAAUUAAUAAUGAGUUCAAAUGGUCUCUUUACAUACUGGCACUGUCAGUAUGAUAGGUGCAGACAGCUGUCUGUCUGGUGGAGGUAAAUCUCAGCAACAGUACAUCAGUGGAGAGUACAACGAUAUUCACAAGAUAUCUGAAUUCAGGAAAGCGUAGAGAAAAAUGAUCAAGCACUCCUACUGAUACACACAGAACAUUCUCAGCCUCUGGAUAAACUCCGUUUUCUUCAUACAGGACGAAUACAUCUUAUGAACACAAGGACGUACGUUUGAUAUAUGAGGAGGAGGUGUGUGUUCCUCUUCUACCAGUACCACUGGGCUAAGAUUCUACGUCACAACCGGCCAUCCUUGUGUUGUUCUACAUUCCACUACUGACAAUCCCUUAACCGUUGAUAUAUGUGCUACAUGAUUAGGACCUGUGUACCAUGAAUUUCGAUUUUCGAAUAGGAGAUCAAAAACUAGAAAUAUAUUUACAUAUAAGAACUGCGACGGAGUUACUGUGAAUCAACAAAAUGUCUGUUCAAAUGGCAGACAAUCCUGCGCCGCCUAAAGGUGGUUUAGGUUCCUUUUUGACGGAGAAAAAUCUAACAAGGAGGUUCGAACCUAGAGCGUCGAUAAACAAACGCCGCCAAGAGAAAGACAUAAUAGAAAACAUUUCACGGCGCAUGUUCCCUGUCGGUGUUCGCGCACCUUUGUUGACGGAUAUACCAGCAUCAGAUAAUCGUGGAGAUACCAGCUUCCGGUUCGAUGUUAUAACCCAAAAACGGAUCCCUCGACCCAUGAACGAUCAAUUGUCUUCUUCCUUUAGUCCACGCAAGCGGACACCCAACAAUAGAUCACAAAACUCGUCCAAAGCGCCAUCUUUAAUGUCCCCUAGAGCGAUUAAAUUUAUGCUAUCAGACGGAUCAUUUAAAGAUUCUAAGACAACCGAUGGAAAAAGUAGUCAGCCGGAUGCUUGGGAGCAAUGGAAGGAAAACAUUGCACGUGCCAAAGAUGCACGUGACCGGAUGUACCGAAAUACAUACUGUUUAUCCAAGGACAAAUUACGAUACCACGUGUGUACGUUGCCUCGGAUCACGACCGACAGACCUUGGACGGUCGGCGAGAUUCCUUUAGACAGCAGUAGAAAAAACAUGGUAUUGGAGCGACAAGUUAAUGAUGUCGUCCUGUCUAACAGGAUGAUAGUACCCCAGCCGGAAAGGAAGCGAGUCGAAUCAAUACAGAUAAAAGGACUUCAAAAACAAAACACAAUGGACUCGGUUGCAAGUGAAAAUUGCUUUGAAGUCCGAAGAAUAGAAGCAAGCACUGAAUUCCUGAAAGAAAAUGCCGGGCAGCUUACAACAGUCGUCAGACAGCCGAGUGAUAUGGGACGACUGUAUGAAUCUGCAUCUACAAAAAACCGGCGACUCGAACGACCAUUGAAACACGAAAACUUGAAACACAGACCAGCGCAAUGGGGAACUAAAGUUCCGAUACGUCUGAGAAAACAUGCGACCCAGGGAUAUAUGGACAGGGAUUAUAAAUCUGUAGAAGCCUACAAGGAGUAUGUGGAGCUGAUGCAACAGCGGGGAGUAGAAGGGAAGAGCACUGAGCACAGGUCAGUAGACAAGGAUAGUAGUUUGGCGUCCAAAUAUGGGUACGAAAACAGGGUUUUACAAUCAGUCAUUGACGUCAACCAGCCAAACCCGGGUAACGGGGCGGACAGUAGGAAGUCGGCCAAUCACGCCAACUCAAUCGUAAUUGAAAUAAAACCAACAUGGGACGAACAUGAGAGUCGUUCAAGUGAGAAACAAGCGCCUUCUGACGAUGGUAGGACGUGUCCUGUCAACUCCCCUUUACUCGGAACUCAUGAUGAGAAAGGUGAGCUUCUGGCGGAAGUCGAACAUGUACCAGAGUGAAUGCGAUUUUGAAAAGCAAUACGCGUUAUGUUUACUUGAUGUAUAGACAAUCAGUUACGCUUGUGGAAUUUUAACUCAACUAUGGAACACGACAAUGUUCAUUGACUGUUUUCCCGUGAAUCAAUGAAUUGCUUUGACAUUCCUGUAUCGUCAGUGGUGAGCCUAAUAGCUAACGUAGCGGUUAGUUAGUUCUAUAGAAUACCAGUAACCCAAUAACAUUGACAGAAACGGCAGUGCCAUUACUUCCUUUUGUUUUACAGCACUGGUCUAUAAAACAAAUUUCGGCUGAAACAGCUGUAAUUAACCUUGAACGUGUCUCAUUUCAUCACAAGAAAAACAUUAUUGUUGUCAGUUGUUUACAGGAUAGCAACCUAUUGGUGAAACAAAACAUUUAUUAAUGCAUCCAUACAUUGAUACAUAUGCGGAAAUAUCGACAGUACACUAUUGCUAAUGGAUGGCUUUGAUGAAGUCGGAAUUGGCUUAUCAUAUAUGAUAUUCUCCAAAACCGUAAUUCAUGUAUUUACAAUGCCAAUUGAACAUUAAACUAUUUUACAGAAAAUAUAAGAUUGUUUUCUGUCAGUCAUUUCCUUACUUUAACAAUAACGCUCUGUGUAAGAAA